AUGGGAAGUCACGCCAACUGGAGGCCGGACGAGGUCCUGUACCGCGGAUGGUUCCCCCUCGCGGACGACGACGCGGACGGCCGCGUCACCGGCGCGGACGCGGUCCGAUUCUUCGGCCGCAGCGGGCUCCCGAAGGAGAUACUCGCCCGGGUGUGGCAGCUCGCGGACGCGAACCGGCAAGGAUUUCUCGGACCCGAGCAGUUCGUCAAGGCGCUGCGCGUCAUCGCCAUGGCGCAGUCAGCCAGCGGCGGCGCGGACGCCAAGUCCAUCACCGCGGACGCCCUCGCGGCGUUCAUGGCGCGCGACGACGACGACGACGACGCCAACAAGGGAGAGCCGCUCCCGCUCGCGAAGCUCGAGGGCAGAGACGCGGCGAACGGGAACCACGGGAAGAAGAACCGCAUGAGCGCGAAGACCGCGACGUCGAUCGUGGACUCGCUCAAGGAGUUGUACAAGACCAAGGUGCGCCCCGUCGAGGAGGCGCUCAAGUUUGGGUCGUUCUACUCCCCGCUCCUCACCGACGGCGACUUCGAAGGGAAGCCCAACGUGCUGCUCCUCGGGCAGUACAGCACGGGGAAGACGACGUUCAUCAAGCACCUGCUGGGGAGGGAUUACCCCGGGUCGAACAUCGGACCGGAGCCGACGACGGAUCGGUUCGUCGUCGUCAUGCACGGGCACGAGAACCGGACGACGCCCGGGCAGACGCUCGCGGUGCAGAGCGACAAGCCGUACACGGGACUCACCGCGUUCGGCUCGAGCUUUCUGUCCAAGUUUGAGGCGUCGCAGUGCGACGCGAAAAUCUUGGAGGAGGUGUCCAUCGUGGACACCCCCGGGGUGCUGUCCGGGGAAAAGCAGCGGAUCGACCGCGGGUACUCGUUCGUGAACGUCUGCGAGUGGUUCGCGUCGAGGUCGGACGUCAUCUUGCUGCUGUUCGACCCGCACAAGCUCGACAUCUCGGACGAGUUUAAAGCCGUCAUCUCGUCUCUGCGUGGGCACGACGAUAAAGUGCGAGUCGUCCUCAACAAGGCGGACCAGGUCAGCGCGCAGCAGCUCAUGCGCGUGUACGGCGCGCUGAUGUGGUCGUUAGGGAAGGUGUUCAUGACCCCGGAGGUGUGCAAAGUGUACGUCGGCUCGUUCAACGAUAAGCCCCCGGUGACGACCAACAACGUCCUGGGGGAGGAGCUCUUCAUGAAGGAGCACGAGGCGCUGAAGAAGGACCUGCUCGACAUCCCUCAGCGGUCGUGCGAUAGGAAGGUGAACGAGUUCGUCAAGCGCGUGCGCGCGGCGCUGACGCACGCGCGAAUCGUGACGCACCUGAAGAAGCAGAUGCCCGCGAUGAUGGGGCACGAGAGCAAGCAGAAGAAGCUCUUGGGGAGGAUCGAGGAGGAGUUCACCAAGUGCGUGCACGAGUACACGAUCGCGCGCGGGGACCUUCCGAACCCGAAACGGUUCAGAGACAUCAUGAAGGACAUGGAGAUCUGGAAGUUCCCGAAGAUCGACAAGAAAGCGAUGAAGGCGCUCGAGGAGGUGCUCACGGUGGACAUCCCCGCGGUGAUGAAGAAGUUCGACAAUCCUUUUUAAUAACUUUACGAGUACUCGUAAGUUGUUACGUCUCGAGAGAACUAACAACCGACGAAGGACGCGGCGGACGCGCACGACGCGCGCGCUCUCGCCUCCGCUCUGUCGACGACUACAGUACAGUACGCACUC